AUGUGCUUCACCAGAUUUAUCAAACAUCCUCUCACAGCUUGGCUCUUCGGGGCGCUGGUCCAAGCUGCUUUCGCAGAGGAGGCAGAGGAUGCAGUACAGCCAAACACGGCUGUUCCAAUUCUGGUACCUCAAGUCGAUCCUGCCAACACAAACGUAGUCACCGGUAUCGCGGUCUCUUAUCCAGCCGCCUCAACAACCCCCAAGAGCAGCACCAGCAGUAUCAACAGCAUCAACAGCGAAGAAGAAUAUGAGACUGAAGUCCCCAGCCUCUAUACCACCACCACCACCAUCACCACCACAUCCACCAAGACCGGUACGGAGACAGUCGAGUCGUCCGUAUCCCGCUCCCUCACAUCCUCGUCCUCUCUUUCGCUGCCGCCGGAAGCAAACUCAGCCGCAACGGUAACGAAAAGGGCACCGGAUACAACUUCCACGAAUUCAUCCGGAAACAAACACUUCAUCCCAAGUGCGUGGCGAUCUUAUCAAUCCGCGCAUUUCAACAAGUCCACAGCAACAACCAAAAAAACAACAACAACAAGCGAGACAGAGGUCGGGUCUAAUACCCACACGCCCUGCUCGGAUUUCCCCAUUCUUCCUCCCAAAGACAUCGAUGUCGGCAACAAAAAUGACAGCUGGAGCGACAGGGAGACGCCCAGCAUGAUGAAUGUUUUUGGCGCAGCGGCGCUGGCGAUGGUUGUUCAAGCGGGUAUGGUUUUUGGUGGUGGUGUAGCCCGUUAA